AUGGCUUGCCAAAGAACAUAUUGCCCUAAGGUUGAAAUCAGAAAACCAGCUCCAGCUUUUACAGUUAAUGCUUGGGACGGAAACAGAAUCCGCCAAGUUUCUCUUUCUGACUACAAAGGCAAAUAUGUUGUGCUUUUCUUCUACCCACUAGAUUUCACCUUUGUCUGUCCAACUGAAAUUUGCCAAUUCAACGAUAUGGCUCCAGAAUUCAGAGCUAACAACUGCGAAGUUUUAGCUUGCUCUGUAGAUUCUGUAUUCACCCAUAGAGAAUACACCCUCAAAUCAAGAGCUGAUGGAGGACUUGGAAGAAUGCAGAUUCCUAUGAUUGCAGAUCUCAACAAGCAGAUUGGAAAGGACUAUGGCUGCUAUCUUGACCACUCAGGAGAUGAAGGAGUUCACCUAAUUCUCCAUAAAAAUUAAUAAGGGAAAAUUUUCCUUUUGAAAUAGUUAAUUAAUUUAAUAAAAAUUUAAAUAAAUAUGCGAGAAGAGUAAGAGCUACUUAUAUUAUUGAUGCUAAUGGAGUUGUAAGACACAUCGCAAUGAAUGACCUUCCAGUCGGAAGAAAUGUCAGAGAAAUCUUAAGAUUAGUCCAAGGCUACCAAUACACUGAUACAUAUGGAGAAGUCUGCCCUGAGUCAUGGACUCCUGGUGCAGCCACAAUGGUUCCUGAUCAUGAAAGUGACAAACUUCAGAAUUUUUGGCAGUCCCAGCACGGAUCAAAGCACUAA